UUUCAUUGACGUGAUUUGGACUUGCAUAAACUUUACAACCGUCUCCACUUGUCCAAGAACGAGCUCCAGCUGGGAGGAAGCUGCGGACAAAAAGAAUUGUCGUGCUCUUGGUUGUGAUUCUACGAUGGAAUAUCAUUGCUUGCCAACAGAGAACUUUACAAUCCUAGUGGAAGUCUGUACAAAAACCAAAUUUCUCCAAGGUGUGUGCCCAUAUUACGAUUCGGUUGGAAAAUCUAUACAAAUGAGUGCCAAAUCAUGCCAAUCAGCGAAGAUUCCAUGCCCGGCAAGAUAUCCAUCAAAUACAACGUAUAUUUACACAAGCUGUUAUCCUUCAAUUUUCGUCACAGGAGGAGCAGAGAAAAGGACAGUGAGUGGAAUGCAUUUCUGGAAAACAAUCCUUCUGAUGAUACCAAUCUAUUUAUUAUAUAUUACUGGUUAUCAUGAUAUAUGAAUAUGAGGGUUGUCCCAAUAAGUCGUGGUCAAUAUAACUUUUUGACAUGCAACCAAUACUAAUAAAAUUUUGCAUAGACAUCAUUUAUUCAAUGUUCUUUUAAAUUAUGAAUUCUUAAAUAUAUAUCGUUCAUAUUAUUAAUAUUGGCGGGUUAUAUGAAGGCCGAUAUGGUCUGUCGGCGCACGAACAAAAUUCGGAAUAACUUACGCAUGUAACUAUUACAUUUGCUUUUAUUUUUUUUUGGGGGGGGUACUAUGUCAAACAUUGAGCUCAAAUUUAAAUCAGUGAAACUAGAAUCAAAAUCUCAACAUUUCAAAUUUUCAUAUAAAUAGCAUUAGAAUCGAUCGAUUA